AUGAAUUUGACUCAGCAAUAUUCUCAAAUUAAAUCCCAUUCCCCUAAUUUCCCCUUUCUAUUCCCCUCUCCUAUUUCUCGUAACUCCUGUUACCCCCGUUCAUGGACAUCAUAUUUCGCCACUCUUUACAACCAUGAUCUUGAUGACUUCAGGAUCACAGCCCACAACCUCCCUGAUGAUUAUGGCCACUUAGACCCCAACGUUGUUGUUGUUGCUUCUGUAAUCUGUAUCCUUGCCGUUCUUAGGAUAGAGGGGUCUUCUCGCUUCAAUUAUGUUGCUUCCAUUGUCCACGUCAUCACCAUCCUCUUCAUCAUCAUCACUGGCUUUACCAAAGCCGAUACUAAAAACUAUAGCCCUUUUCCACCUUAUAACUCUCGUGGUAUUUUUGUAGCUUCAACUGUAGUUUUCUUUGCAUAUGUUGGGUUCGAUGCUAUCUCUACAAUGGCAGAAGAAAGUAAGAACCCAACUCGAGAUAUCCCUAUAGGGCUUGUGGGUUCAAUGACAGUAAUUGCCUUAGCCUAUUGUUUAUUAGCUGCAGUACUUUGCCUUAUGGUUCCAUACAGGCAUAUCGAUCCCGAUGCUGCAUUUUCAGUAGUGUUUGAGUAUGUAGGUACAAGUUGGGCCAAGGCGCGCUGCAGUAUGACCUUGCUAUGCACAGCAAGCCAAGCUCAUUAUCUUACACACAUUGCUCGUACUCAUAUGAUGCUGCCAUGGUUCGCUCUCAAUGAGAAGACAGGAACUCCAGUUAAUGCAACAGUUUUAAUGAUCAUUGCUACUGCUAUUGUUGCCUUCUUUACGAAGAUGGAUAUUCUUACUAACCUUCUGUCAAUUUCUACUCUGUUCAUCUUCGUGCUUGUGGCUGUUGCACUUCUUGUCCGUAGAUACUAUGUUACUGGGGUAACAACGCCUGCUAAUCAUGCCAAGCUAGCUGUGUGCCUUGCUCUCAUAGGAGAGGGGAAUAGGAGAGGGAAAUAG